AUGGCGAAGGGAGCACUGGAGAAAAAUCUCCAAUUUGAGAAAAAGAAUAAAGACCUCAUCAGACUCCCAAAACAUGCCAAGGUCGAGAAGCGCCCUAUACCUCAUGCGCCAGUUGCCUCCCCGUAUGCCGGCGCCUCGGUGCCCAAGAUUGUCUACGUCUCCAAGUCCACGCCGUUUAUGAGCGCCGUCAAGCGCGUGCAGAAACUCCUCCUGCAGGCCGAGAAGCGCGCCACCGCAAACAUAAACCUUGAGGAUACGCGCAAGAACGAGAAACAGAUACUUGACGAGCUGUCCAAGGUGUCAGAGAGGCGAGAGGAAGUUUUCGUGAAGGCGACAGGACGGGCUAUUGAGAAGGCGCUGAACGUAGCCAAAUGGUUCGAGGAAAAGGAAACCGAGUACAAAGUCCGUGUCAACACGGGGAGUGUGAUUGUCGUAGAUGAUAUCGUUGAGGAUGAAGAAAUGAAAGCAAAAGAGGAACAGAAACGACAGCAGCAGAAAGAGCAAGCCCAAAAUGACCCGGGAGAUGCGGCUUCUAAGCCGGAAUCAAAGUCAGCCGCAAAGAAGAGGAAACGUCAGGCCGCCGCGGCAGAAGACGACGCCGAGCUCCCCGAGAGCCGGACGAGGUGGAUUAAAAUGGUUGAGAUCGCCGUCAGCCUCAAGUGA